AUGCCAGCCGUGAAGGGGGAUGGCAUGAGAGGUCUUGCAGUUUUCAUCUCAGACAUUCGAAACUGUAAAAGUAAAGAAGCUGAAGAGAAAAGAAUUAACAAAGAACUAGCAAAUAUUAGAUCAAAAUUCAAAGGUGAUAAAACAUUGGAUGGGUAUCAAAAAAAGAAAUAUGUCUGUAAAUUGGUGUUUAUUUUCUUGCUGGGUCAUGAUAUUGAUUUUGGACACAUGGAAGCUGUCAACCUGCUCAGUUCAAACAAAUACACAGAAAAACAAAUUGGAUACUUGUUUAUAUCUGUGUUGGUAAGCGCCAGUAGCGACCUCAUGAAGUUGGUCAUCCAAUCAAUCAAGAACGAUCUGACUGGAAGAAAUCCUAUCCACAUCACAUUAGCUCUUCAGUGCAUUGCUAAUAUUGGAAACAAAGAAAUGGCUGAUGCCUUCGGACAUGACAUUCCAAAAUUACUUGUUUCAGGGGACACUAUAGAUUCAGUGAAGCAAAGUGCAGCACUGUGCUUGCUGCGUCUCAUUAGGAAUUCUCCUGAUGCCAUUCAAAUGUACGAGUGGUCAUCCAGGAUCAUUCACUUACUCAACGAUCAACAUAUGGGUGUUGUGACCGCUGCUAUGAGCUUGUUGGAAUGUUUAGCAAAAAGAAAUCCAGAAGAUUAUAAAGGAUGUGUUACACUGGCUAUAUCUAGACUCAGCAGAAUAGUAACCUCUUCGUACACAGACCUGCAGGAUUAUACCUACUACUUCGUACCUGCCCCGUGGCUGUCUGUCAAACUGCUACAUCUCCUGCAAAACUAUCCACCCUCUGAAGAUCCUGGAGUCAAGAACAGGCUGACUGAAUGCAUAGAAAUGAUUCUGAACAAGGCCCAGGAAGCUCCAAAAUCUAAAAAAGUUCAACAUUCGAAUGCCAAGAAUGCCAUCUUGUUCGAGGCCAUAAAUUUAAUUAUUCACAUGGACUGUGAUGCCAGCUUGCUGGUCAGGGCAUGCAACCAGCUGGGGCAGUUUCUGCAACACAGAGAAACCAAUCUCAGAUAUUUAGCACUGGAGAGUAUGUGUCUGUUGGCCACAUCCGAGUUCUCACAUGAUGCAGUAAAGAAGCACCAAGAAACUGUCAUCAAUUCACUCAAAACAGAGAAAGAUGUGAGUGUGAGGCAGAGGGCCGUUGACCUCCUGUAUGCUAUGUGCGAUCGAGCCAAUGUGCAAGAAAUUGUUUCAGAAAUGCUCACUUACCUGGAGACUGCUGACUACUCCAUCAGAGAAGAGAUGGUACUAAAAGUUGCAAUAUUAGCUGAGAAGUAUGCGUUGGACUAUACAUGGUAUGUGGAUACCAUUCUGAACUUGAUCAGAGUAGCUGGUGACUAUGUCAGUGAAGAGGUCUGGUACCGUGUCAUACAAAUAGUCGUCAACAGGGAUGAUGUACAGGGUUAUGCUGCCAAGACAGUUUUUGAGGCACUGCAGGCACCGUCGUGUCACGAGAACAUGGUCAAAGUGGGUGGAUACAUAUUGGGAGAGUUUGGAAACCUCAUUGCUGGCGAUCCAAGAUCUAGUCCGUUGAUCCAGUUCAAUUUGUUGCAUUCAAAGUUCCACCUUUGCAGCGUGCCCACGAGGCAGCUACUCUUGUCAACAUACAUCAAGUUCAUCAAUUUGUUCAGUGAAAUCAAGCCACAAAUACAAGAAGUAUUGAAGAACGAGAGCAACAUGAGGAAUGCAGACGUUGAGAUCCAGCAGCGGUCGGUCGAAUACCUACAGUUGAGUAACAUUGCAAGUCCUGACGUUCUGGCCACAGUUCUAGAAGAGAUGCCGCCGUUCCAAGAACGUGAGUCAUCCAUACUAGCCAAGUUGAAGAAGAAGCGACCUGAAAAGGCAGCAACAAAUGACAAACUGCCUCUUGCUGGCCUCACUGCAUCCUCUGCCAGUCCAUCCUCCCAUCCUCAAAAUGCCGGAGAUACUGUCAAACACACUGAACCUGCUCAGACCAGCUCACCUCCACAUAGAGAAACGAACAAAGUGGCAGCGACAACAGAUUUGCUGGGCCUGUCGACAUCACCAUCCAACAAUCAAACAUCGUCAUAUUCUGGCAUGUUGAUUGAUGUUCUCGGUGGAGAUGUUGCUGGAAAAAGUGAUGGAGGAGUUCCAACUUCAAACAAUGUUGGAGGUGGUGUGGAUCUGUUCACGGGCAGCAUCAAUCCAGAAGAUAAUUUCAACAAAUUCAUCUGUAAGAAUAAUGGGGUGGUUUUUGAGAAUGAUUUGAUCCAGAUUGGCAUCAAGUGCGAAUACAGACAGAACCUUGGCAGGCUCUGCUUGUUCUAUGGCAACAAAACUUCAUUCACCUUCACUGGUGUUGCCAUUGAGCUGGAUAACGUGGAUCAGUUGUCUUCUCAGGUUCAAUUGCAAGCUCUGGCUUUGGACGAUACCAUUGAAGCUGGAUCGCAGAAGCAGCAGAUGAUAAAUGUUCAGUGCAUGUCCGACUUCACAGUCGUUCCUUCAAUGACGCUCUACUUCCAAUACAGCAGUGUACCACAGAAAUUUCAGAUGAAACUACCACUGACGCUGAACAAGUUCAUGGAAGGAACGCAGAUGGAUGCCACGCAGUUCUUUCAGAGGUGGAAGGUUCUCGGACAACCUUACCAAGAAUCACAAGUGAUCAAAAAAGCUAGUGCGCCAUUAGAUGCUGAAAACUUGAAAACGAAGUUGAGCGGAUUUGGAUUCAGCACACUGUCGAAUGUGGAUCCGAAUGUUGAGAACUUUGUUGGUGCAGGCAUCAUUCACACUGUCGCCCAGCAAAUUGGCUGCCUCCUUAGAUUGGAACCAAACAAACAAGUCCAGAUGUACCGGCUGACCAUACGAGCAAGUAGGGAUGGAGUUGCUAAAAGGUUGACCGAACUCCUCGAAACUCAAUUUUAACAUAGUUCCUGUUGCGUCAUUGUCCCGCUCUGCAUCAUGAUUCUGUCUACAAUAUCAUGUACAUUUUUAUUGCAUACUUCGUUUUGUUAAAUAUUUCGAUUGUACCAUCAUUAUGAUCAUAUGUCGUGUGUCGUAUGUUGCUGAUACUUUGUUCAUCUAGGCUCUCUUGUAAUGUUAUGACAUUGUUGUGAGUGACACUGAUGACGCAAGUUGUUAACCAAAGAUAUUGUGAGAGAUUUGAUAUAAAUUUGACCACACAUCUUCACUCAUUGAUUCCUCAUAUAGUUGUUAUUUUUAAUCGUGUGUUUGUUUUUUGUUGUUGUUUAUGUAUCUUAUUGUAAUUGGUUUGUCAAAGAAUAACCAACUUCACUCACAGCUAUUAUUAUUUUUCGGCUAAUUUUAAACAAUCUUAGACAUGUAGGUCGUGUGUACCAUUAUGGUUUUCAAGAGUAGUAAUUAUUAUUAUUACAUUAUUCGGUUUACAGUCAUUCACAUUUGAAACUUAACCAAAGUGAAAAUCAAAUGCUGUUCUAUCUUUUGAUUACAUUUUUAAAAAAUUCUUUCCAUUGAGCUUUCUGUAUAGGUUAUGUUAAUGUUUCAAUCAUUCGUUAUUCCAAAACUGUUCUCCUGCUAAAUUCAUGAUGUUCUUAAUCGACAUUAGUUUUUUAAUUUAGAUUGUGAAAAUAAUUUUUGAUAGCGAUAAAAUUUUGUCUGUUAUUUUGUUAAAAGAUUUAAUAAUUUCAAUUUAUUUAUUUCCUCAUAUAUUGUUAUUUUUGUUAUCCAACCACAAAAAUUCAUUUAUAUUCAUUUUUGUUUAUACAUUGUGUUUAAUUUAAUCUUUUAACCAUAUGAAAAUACUUUCGUGCUAUGUGUAGCACGAAUAUUAUAUGUGUUUGUGUGUGUAUGGGUGUGUGCGCGUAUGUGUGUGCGUGAGUAGUACAUUUAUCUUUUCUUUUAUGUAAUCAUGUAAGGAAUAUGUUUACAUCUUGUAAGAAACCAUAAAAAACUGUUUAUUUUCAAAACUUACGCAACAGCUCUCUUCAAAUAAAUGUUUGAAUAUUUGAAA